AACUGAAAGGAAUGACAUUCUCGAUCAGGACAAACACACGAGACAUGCCUGACACAAUGUUGCGGUCUGUCUGAAUGAUUUAACUGUAAUGUGUUGUGUGGACCUUGUAAAUAAUAACUAUGGCAGCAUGGACGUGUAGAUUUUUCAGGCUUGGUGAUUGUUUAAUAAGAGGAGCGCCAGGACGCUUUUGCAGAACUGGAGCAACACUAGAACGAGCCCCUGUCGUUCAUUGUGUUAGGACCCAUCAGACAGACACAUGGUGGGAUGAGCACCUCACAGAAGAUAAUGCUUCUUUUCUAAAAAAGUCUAUUGGGGAGGAAUACAGAAAACAGGUGACAGACAAACUCAACCCCCUUAAGGAUGAACCCUGGCCCAGGCAUGAAUGGCUGGAAGGGAGUCGAAGGGUUGGCGUAGUGGCUGUUAAACUUGGAAUGAUGCCUGUGUGGACCAAAUCUGGAGAGAGACACGUAGUGACCAUGCUGCAGGUCCAGGAUUGUCAUGUGGUGAAACACCUAUCCAAAGAAGAGUUUGAUGGCCGCACCGCGGCUCUUGUUGUGGGAGGAAAAAGCGUAUCUCCAUUUCACAGGACAGAGGGAUAUUUAGAGAUUUUCCGGAAUGCAGGAAUUCCUCCAAAACAGAAAAUCACCACAUUUUGUGUGUCAGACAACGCUAUCAUCAAACCAGGCACUCCUCUAUAUGCAGCUCACUUUCGUCCAGGCCAGUAUGUGGACAUCACAGCCAAAACCAUUGGAAAAGGUUUUCAAGGUGUAAUGAAGCGCUGGGGUUUCAAAGGUCAGCCUGCUUCUCAUGGCCAAACUAAGACGCACAGGAGGCCAGGAUCUUUGGGACCAGGAGGGGACCCAGCUAAAGUUUUCAAAGGAAAGAAGAUGCCAGGCAGGAUGGGAAAUGUUUAUGACACUGCUCAUGGCUUAAAGAUAUGGAGAGUGAACACCAAAUAUAACGUUCUUUAUGUCAGCGGUUCAGUACCAGGCCACCACAACUGUCUGGUUAAGGUCAGAGACACAAUUCUACCCAAUCGGGUGGUGAAGAACAAGAACCCACCCUUCCCCACAUUCUUUGCUGAUGGAGAUGAGGAGCUUCCUGAAGACCUCUACGAUGAAGACAUGUUCCAGUUUGGAGAGCCCAUCCUUUAAUGACAUCAUGACUUCACAACACUCUGCUUACACUCUUUGAAAAGACAUGGACCCCUUUACCUGUCUUGUGUCUAGCGGGUUCAGUGUUGCAGGGCUCCUGUGUCAUUGAAAGACUGUGCAAAUUAACUUUUUAAGAAGCAACUGAUUUUGGCAUCAACACACAUUCAAACUAUAUCUGUGUAAAACCAAACACCCUCAAACUGUCUAAAGUAUGGGUCAUGUUGGAUUUAAACAAUAAAACCUGUUUGAUCUAAUCUUUCUGCUUUUUAUUGCAAUCAUAUUUUAUAUGUAUACUGAACAUACUGUAUGUCAUAAGUUAUGACUAGGGUCCCCUGGGGGUCCAUGAAGAAUGUAUGUAAUACAAUGAUCUUUUGAAUGUUAUUAAAUAUUU